GGAGAUAAAAAACAAGUGAGCAACACACACAAUUACACAAAGGCUUUGUAUUCAUUCAUUAGACUAAGUAUUAGUUGUGAGUGAGUACUUUUUGAGUGAGUCUUUAAUUUGGUGAGAAUUCUUUUGUUCCAUUUGAGAGAGUUACUUUGUGUGAGAAAAAUAUUUCUCUUUGUCCUCAUUUCUAUAAGAGGAUUUCUUGUACUCUCCCCAAUUUCAUAGUGGAACUUUGCUCUUUGCCCGUGGUUUUUUUACCUCUCACAUUGAGAGGAAUUUUUCCACGUAAAAUCUUGUGUGUCAUUUUCUUGCCACUUUAUUUUCACUUCUCUUUAUUCUCAAAUUAUCUCGAUCCUUUGCUUCCGCAUUGCGCUGAUACCCCAACAGAAACAAAUCUUAUUUUAAUCACUUUUACUUUUAAAACAAAAUCAAAUCUUUUUUUUUUAAAUAACAUAAUAAAAUCUAAUUACUUUUCUUUUUUGGUACAGUAUCUUUUAGUUUAUUUUUUAUCAUAAGAAUGAUUAAUUUGUAAUUUUUAAAAAGUUUAUUUUGAAGAAAACGUCAUUAAAAAGAAUAUAUAUUUUGAAGGGUACUAAAAAAAUUGCCUUAAAUUAAGAUGAUAUUUUGGUUUGUUUGAAGAUUUAGUUUUCCUUUAAAGAUAUUGCUUUCAAAUUAAAAUUAAAGGGUGAUCGAGUACUACUGGAUGUUUAUACCAAAUAAAAUUACUUUAAAAAAAAUGAUCAUUAGAUUUGUUUAUUUUUCUAUUAUGUAUUUUUUUCUCUUUAUAUAUAAUAAAGCAUGCGAUUUCAACAAAACUAUCUCCUUCAAAAUCCAAGAAAACCAACAGGUUCAGGUUCACCCGGCCGCCUCAUCUCCUUAAUUUCUAUGUUGAAUCAACAUAUUUUUAUUUGUUUAGUACUGGUUCGGUUAGUGUUGAUGUUGAUGGUUGCUGAGUUUAGAUUAUAAAAAAAUAGCCUUUUUUGUCAGGAACAUUUAGAAUUCUGAGUGAUUAUUGCUUAUUGCUUAGGGUUUAGGGUUUUGAAAUUGCUAUUUCUGCAAGUUUGGGAUGAUGAUAAUGCAAUUUUUUGAAUCAUUCACUUAUUAUUAUUGCUUAGGGUUUUGAAACAUUGAUUGAUUAAAAUUUAAAGUCUGCAGUUAGAGCAAAAAUGGACCUCCGAAAAUCAAAAUCAAUGAGGUGCCAAACAGAUGUUGCCCUCAGCAUCACAAACCAUUUAUUCUCAAAACAAGAAUUUCAGGACCAGAACCUCGUCUUCUCGCCCUUCUCUCUCCAUGUUGUUCUUAGCGUCAUGGCUGCUGGUUCAGAUGGCUGCGCACUCAACGAGCUUCUUUCCUUCCUCCGAGCUGAUUCCGUCCACCAUCUCAGCACCUUCUUCUCUCAGCUUGUCCCCGUUGUGCUCUCUGAUGUUGUUUCUUCUGCACAUCGUCUGUCUUUUGUCAAUGGAUUGUGGGUUGAUAAUUCGCUUUCCCUUACCCAUUCUUUUAAACAACUUGUGGCUACUCAUUACAAGGCCACUCUCGAUUCAGUUGAUUUUCAGUCUCAGGGUGAACAAGUGCGUCAUGAUGUGAAUAUGUGGGUUCAAAAAGAAACUAGGGGUCUCAUUAAAGAGCUUCUUCCUCCCGGGACAGCAGGCCCCUCAACCAAGCUUAUCUUUGCAAAUGCAUUGCACUUCAAGGGGGCAUGGAAACACAAGUUUGAUGCUUCAAGAACUAUAUAUGAUAAGUUUCGCCUCCUUGAUGGCUCCUCAGUCCGGGUUCCCUUCAUGAGAAGCAAUGAGAAGGAGCGGUUUAAGUACAUUAGCACUUUUGAUGGUUUCAAAGUCCUCCGUCUUUCUUGCAAACAAGGUACAGAUAAAAAACGCCGAUUCUCCAUGUACAUUUUCCUUCCGGAUGCAAAAAAUGGAUUGCCAGCUUUAAUUGAAAGGUUGGCUUCAGAAUCUGGUUUCUUGAAAGGCAAGUUUCCUCGGCGAAAAGCGGCAAUAAGACACUUCAGGAUUCCAAAAUUCGAUAUUUCUUUUGAACUUGAAGCUUCUCAUGUGCUGAUGGAGUUAGGAGUGGUUUCGCCUUUCUCUUCAACUGAUGCAGAUUUUACAAAAAUGGUGGAGGUGAACUCUCCUUUGGAUGAACUUUUAUAUGCAGACAGCGUAUUUCACAAAGCUUUCAUUAAGGUAGAUGAAGAAGGUACUACAGCUGCAGCGGCCACUGCUAUGCUUCUGGCUUCAAGAUCUGGGCCUUCGGUUCGGGCUGGUAUAGACUUUGUAGCUGACCACCCUUUCUUCUUCUUGAUCAGAGAAGAUUUUACUGGAACAAUUCUCUUUAUUGGGCAGGUGCUCCAUCCUAAUGUAGCAGCCAAGCCGAGCCAGUGAAGAUGUGAAAGCUGUGUUCUUGUGGCGCUUGUAGAGAAGCUUGACUUGUUCCUUGAUGAUGUCUUGAGUCUGAGGACAUGUUUCCUUGUAGAAGUUCAUGGCAAGGCCAGUGUUUUGAACAUCUUCUUAUGCAGAAGGACUCCGAAGGGACAGUGCUGAAAAGGAUAACAAAGACAAAAAGAUGAUGAACCUUUGGGAGCCAUUUCUCUUCACUCCACUCACUACCAAAGCAAGUUCACUACUCGCUUGCUCUUAGGCAGUACGCGACGAGAGUUGCUAUUUAGUACGAAACUAAGAACUAGGUAGUACGAGAGUUGCUAUUUAGUACGAAACUAAUAACUGGCGAAAGUUAAGAAUAAUAGCGAAAGUUAAGAAUAUUAACGUGGCAAAAUUGUAUUGGUAUUUGGCUGAAAACAACAUGGUUAAUGGCUCAAACUGCAUUUGGUGAAAGA